AUGAACAAAGUUAUUUCAUUAAUUUUGCUCAUUUUAACAUGUAGUCAUGUUUCUUUUGCGCUAAUUAAAGUUAGCAUAAUAAGAGAAUAUAAGCCACAUUAAAAAUAUGAAAGAUUCCUGAGCUCUGAUGCUAAUGUAUAAGCUAGUCAGAGCAAUAAAGUAGUUUCACUUGAAAACUACUUUUAGAUGAAAUACUUUGGUACUAUAUAUGUUGGUAAGAAUUAACAAAAGAUGAAAAUGCUUUUUGAUUCAGGAUCAGAUACGAUGUGGAUAGGAUCUAAAACUUGCAAUACUUGUAGAGAUAGUGGCAUAAAUAAUUUAUAUGACUGUAUAGAAACUAAUGGCUGUAAGUAUACAGGAGACCCUAUAGAGACAAUUAGAUAUUUAAAAGGUUAGGUAGAUGGAUAUCUAGCUAGUACCAUUGUAAACUUCAGCAAUAAUAAUUCUGCAUCUCCUUUCGAUUUCAAUUUGCUUUUGAUUACUAAUGUAAAGGAUCUAGAAUCCUAUGAUGCAGAUGGAAUUAUUGGAUUGACUUACUAGGUAAGCUAUAAAAGAUAAGAUACAAGAAGUCCUUUUGUUAAAGAACUGUUCUAAAGGAAGAUAAUUAACGAUUAAAGUUUUUCAGUAUAUCUCGGCUUUAAGAAAGAUGAUUCAGAAAUAACAUUUGGAGGCAUAAAUCAAGACAAAGUUAAUCCUGGUUCCAAUUUCAUUUAUUAUUUAGUACCUCCUAUUUAAGCAAUGUUUUGGGAAAUAAGCGUUUAGAGCUUAAUCUUAGGAAGUUAAUCUUAUGACAUGUCCUCUAGUACUACUAUAGUCGACUCAGGCACUUCAGUCUUAUGUUUUGAGACUUAGACAUUCAAUAAUGUAUAUGAAUUUUUAAAGUAAAAUGUAAAUGGGCUUUAAAGAAAAGAUUUAUACUUCACAUAUAAAUGUGGCUAACCUCUUCCAAAUAUUUACUUUACUAUAAUUAGUGCAGAUGGAAAAAAAUACAAAUAUUCUAUAGAAUCAGACUACUAUACUAUUAAACUUAAUGGUGAUUGUGCUAUCCUUAUUGAUUUGUGCCCAAACAAUAACAUUCUUGGAGAAGUAUUUAUGAGAAAAUACGUAACCCAUUUCAAGUAUAAUUACAAAGAUAAUAAAGAUGCAAUAGGUUUUGCAUUGUCUAUUGCAGAUCCUAAAGAUAACUAUCUUAAUGAUUCUGAAAAUUAAGAUUACACAAAAUAUUAUAUACUUGGUGGAGUUGGUGCAGGUGUAAUUAUAUUAAUUGUAAUUGUAAUUUAUUACUUUAGAAGAAGAAAAAUAAAGUAAAAUAUGAUGAAACAGAAUGAGUAAUUAUAUUAAAAGAAUGUUAAUAAUACAGAUAUUAGCUCUAAAUCUUGA